AUGCGGACGGAAGGGAGGGAGGGGACACCUCAGCACCGGGGUGGAAUCAGCCUUGUCACCUUCAGAACCAGUUUUGCCGUCUCCGUUACCAACGUUGUCGGGAAGAAAAUCUAUGAAUACACCUCCGGUCACAUAAAAAGCACACUAGAGGCUCACGUUGAUGUGAAGACCACAGAUGGCUACCUUCUUUGCCUAUUCUGUGUUGGAUUCACCAAAAAGCGUAACAACCAGAUUAGAAAGACUUCUUAUGCCCAGCAUCAGCAAGUGCGUCAGAUCCGCAAGAAGAUGAUGGAAAUCAUGACUCGUGAAGUGCAGACAAAUGACUUGAAAGAAGUUGUUAACAAGCUAAUUCCAGACAGUAUCGGCAAAGACAUUGAAAAGGCCUGCCAGUCCAUCUAUCCUCUACAUGAUGUGUAUGUACGCAAAGUGAAGAUGCUGAAAAAGCCAAAGUUUGAGCUGGGCAAACUUAUGAAACUACAUGGUGAAGGCGGUGGUGCUGGGAAGCCUGCAGGAGAUGAGACAGGCGCCAAAGUAGAGCGGGCUGAUGGAUAUGAACCCCCAUUUCAGGAAUCUGUCUGAGAUGCAUAAUCUGAAUUAGAGCCUGUAAAGAAAGAAAA